UCCCUUUCCUUCUCCUCCCCCUUUUCCUUUUCAUACACGAUACUUGUUUUUAUACUUAUAUUUUAUUCAUCUUCCCCUUUCCUAUCUUACAAUCCCAUCGUUUCCAUCCCUUUUUCUUCUGUUUUCCACUUAUUUGCACGAGGGUUUCGCUUUUUUUAACAAUCCAUUUUCGAUUUCUAUUCCUUUUCUCCACCUACUUCACUUUUAAGCCUUGAUUCCAUCUGGGUUCUGUUUAUUUGUUCACAUCCUGUUUGAUGAAAUGUCUUUUGCUUUUGGGUUUCUCUGUUUUGCUUUCUUCUCUAUAUAACUUCCUUCUUUUCUCUAUUUUGGCUUCUGGGUUUGUGGGGUUUUUUUCUUCACAUGGGAUUUUAGUUCUUAAUCGGAAUUUUGAAAUCCCCCUUGUGUUUAUUUGUUUUUCUACCCUCUCCAGGUUUCUUUGAAUUUGUUGUUUCCCCAUUGAAUGACAUCUUUCUGAAUUUCUGACUUUUUUACUUUUGAGUUUUGACCAUAAGACCAUAAGACCGUAAGACCGUAAGACCAUAAGAAUUUGCUUCUUGAAAACUGGUUUUUUCAUUUCAUUUUUCCUUUCUCUGGGUUUAAAAGAUGAAGUGUUUCUUUUAUCCCAAGGGAAAAUCAAAGUCCAAAGGAAUAUCAAAAUCUGCUCCAGAGUUAAACCAAGGAGAAAAAUCCAACAAAUCAGCCAAGGAACAUGGUUUCAGACCAUCCAAUUCAUUACCUUCAAGGAGUAUUCCUGAAUUGUACAAAGAGAAGGAGCAAAAUUUGAGGGCUUUCUCUCUCCAUGAGCUUGUUGAUGCAACAAAUGGCUUUAGCAGGAUGUUGAAGAUUGGGGAGGGUGGUUUUGGGUCUGUGUAUAAAGGAAGAAUUAAACCCAUAACUCCCAAUGGCGAACCUGUUGUGGUUGCCAUUAAAAAACUCAAUCAGCAUAGCUUGCAGGGUCAUAAAGAAUGGCUUGCAGAAGUUCAAUUUCUUAGUGUAGUUAGUCAUCCAAAUCUAGUUAAACUUCUGGGUUACGCAGCUGAAAAUGGUGAGAGAGGGAUUCAAAGGCUUUUAGUCUACGAGUUUCUCCCAAACAAGAGCUUGGAACACCAUCUUUUCCAAAGAAUGUCGCCGACUCUUCCAUGGAAGCAAAGAUUAGAGAUUAUCAUUGGUGCAGCUGAGGGCUUGGCUUAUCUACAUGGAGGAUUAGAAGCUCAGGUGAUAUAUCGGGAUUUUAAAUCUUCGAAUGUGCUAUUGGACCAGAACUUCAAGCCUAAACUCUCAGACUUUGGUCUUGCUAGAGAAGGACCAAGUGGUGAUCACUCACACGUUUCUACAGCAGUGGUUGGAACACAUGGAUAUGCUGCUCCCGAAUACGUUGAGACAGGUCGUCUAAAGAGCCAAUGCGAUGUAUGGAGUUUCGGUGUGGUUUUAUAUGAACUUCUCACGGGUAGACGAGCUUUAGACAGAAACCGUCCCAUGGGAGAGCAGAAACUUCUUCAGUGGGUGAGACAAUUUCCGGUUGACAGUAGUAUGUUCACCAUGUUAAUUGAUCCUCGACUCCGAAACCAGUAUUCCUUGUCUUCCGCCCGGGAAGUUGCAAAGUUGGCAGACCGUUGCCUGAACAAAAAUGCGAUGAGUCGGCCAGCAAUGACAGAAGUAGUUGAAAGUUUACAGAAAGCGCUACUAAUGACGGAAGAGAAAACAAGCUCUAGUAGCAGUAAAAAUCAUUCUCAUGGUUUCGUGUUAUCCCCAAAAUUUGUUGAUCAAAAGCAUGUCGUGGUUAGACAACAAGGAAAGGUUUGAUCUUUGAAAAAACUUCACUUUAGUUACUGACUGAGAAUAUUACAUUCUUCAGAAUGAAGUAUGAAAGUUUUGACCUUUUGCAAUUCCCAAAAAUUCAUCCCUUUUAGCACAUUUUAUUCUAAAUGUUUGAAUAUGUAAAUCUUAAAUUAUUAGAGAGAAAGCUGUACAAUUGUUUUUUCCUUCUUGUUACUCUCUGUUUGUCAAGAAUAGAUUUUUGUGAAGGUGUAAUAAAUCUGGUCUAAAUAUCAUAUAAUAUAUCAUUCUUGCAAUU